AUGGAUAUUGCACUCAUAUCAGAAUACUUGGAAACAUACCAAGGCAGAGACAAAUUCUUACGGACUUUGUCUUACAUGUCUAAAUUAGCUACAUUAGGCACAUCUUCAAAGGAAAUUGAGAAGAAGUUGAAAAUUCUUAGCAGUCAAAUGAGUGGCUGCAGAAUAAUACUAAGAUUGCUCGAUGAUAUACCAAUGAUUCAUUAUGCUAUAACAUAUGGCUGUGGUAAGAAGGAGCCAGAUUGGUUGUUGAGAUGGACAGAGUUAAUACAAAUUGCGGUGGAUAUUAUAUUCUGUCCAAUAGAACACAUUUACUGGGCUGGUGAACACGAGUUGAUUAAAAUCAAUGUUGAAAAGUGGGAUAAUGUUUCAACAUGGUUCUGGAUCAUCUCUCUUCAUUUGUCAUUGAUUAAAUCUGGGAGAAAGUUGAAGAAAUUGAAUAAUUACAAAACACACCUUGGUGAAACUAAUUGUGAUGCAAGAGCAGCUUUAAAAACUGUAAGCAAACAAAGAUGGAGUGAACUACUGACGAGCACCAGACUCCUACUAGAUAUUAGUUAUGCUGUGAGUUAUUUACCACCUGGUGUAUUUUGGGGAGGUCAGUUAAAAACGUGGCAGGUCGGAGCACUGGGAACUGUGUCCUCUUUGAUUGGUUUAUACCAAGCAUUAAGCAAACGAGCAGAACAGAAAAAGUAUUUGUAACAACACCACAAUUUUGUAUAAAAAAAUUCUUCGGACUAGGAGCAGCUUCUGAUAGUAUUGCAAAUAUAAUCUUUUACUUUUAUGAAAAAAAAUAUUC